UAGUAUUUUGUGUUUUAUAUUUUGUUUUGAAAGAUGUUUUAAAUUUCGCUUCUCUCGAUUGGAAAUAUCACUCUCAAACUCAGGGUAAUGGAUCCGAGAGAGUGGGAAUUAAGCAAGGAAAAUGUGCAACCGAUAAAACAGGGAAGAAAGGUUCCUAACUUGACAGCAGCGUUGACGCCAUGUGGCUUAAGUGACGAUUCUCUUUACUGGGGACUUCAGAAGGACAAGCAGAAUUUUGAGGCUGAAAUUCGAACAUAUGAGGGUGAUGAUUUUCUUGAUAUUUGGUACAGGUACAUUCUGUGGACUGAAGAAAACGUACCAAAAGGCGGUCGUGAAAUUGGUACAUUGUUGGAACGCUGUAUCAAAGAGUUUCAAGACGUCUCCAGAUAUCAAAAUGAUGAACGGUAUUUGGACGUUUGGCUGAAAUAUGCGGAUUGUUGUUCAGAUCCUCUUGAAAUAUUCAACUAUUUACACGCGAGUGGCGCGUGUUCUCAGCUCGCUCUGUUGUACAUUGCGUGGGCAUCUGCAUGUGAGAAUGUCGAGAAUUUUCAAAAGGCCGACCAGGUGCUGUCGUUAGGGAUUGAGAGAAGAGCCCAGCCGCUAGAGAUGCUCCAGAAACAUCAUACAGGGUUUCAACACAGAUUAAACGCACGUAUCGUUGCGUCUGAAGACAAUCAACCAGGUUUUGGACAUGGGGAUCAACGCAAAGCUCUGGGGUCCCUUUUGACGGCGGGCAAGAAAAAGAUGGUUGGAGUGCUUAGAACACCUGCUUCUCAGAAUCCCGUCAUUGCGGCCAAUCCAAGAUCUGGUGGUGUAAAAUCCGAGAAGAGAGGAUUAGGAUUCGCCGUUCACCAUGAUUCCGACGAUGUUGAGAACAGAAUAUCGCAGCUUCCUGAAGUCUGUGGCAAUGAAUGGAAAGAAGCACCAACACAGAGUUUAACGAGCAAGGAAAAUAUUAACAUGCCUGGAAAGUGGACUGGAGGAAAGGGCCCUUCUAGAAGAGCUCCCAGUAGCACUGUCCCGCUGACUCGUGCGGUACCGCAACCAAGUUUUCAAAUUCAUGUUGAUGAAAAUGCUGACCAGAUCGGCCAUGUCCAUCAAACUGUAGGAAGUCAGGUUUUGUCUGUGAGAAAAUCAGACUCGGAAGUGUCUAAUAAUCCUCUUAAAAAUACUGCUGAUUCGUGUGCGCCAAACGUGAAGGUUAUGUACGACAAGUCAAAAGUUUACACCGGUGCCGAGGAAUUUCAGUUUGAGGAGAUUCACGCUGCAAAGUACAUGGCGGUGUUGAAGCAAGGAUUGCCGCGCCGCAAGGAUAUAAACAAAGCGAAGAUGGAACAGAAUAAAAAAGUGAAGCCAGAGAAGAACGAGCGCGUCAUGUACCCGAAAAACAAAGUUUAUGCUUACGAAGGGGAGUUUCAACCUGAAGAGUUGAUGGCGAGGCUUUAUUAUGAGAGAGGCAAUCGAUUACGGAUUCCAAAAACGAAGGAAUUACAACCGAGUAUCACUCACCCAACAGAUUUGCUAUGCAGAAGUGUUCAACUCGACGGAGUCCACCCACCUGAAGCCGAGGCAAGCAACGUUACUUUGCGCACUGUCGCUAAAAAAUCCCUUCCUCGGCUUUCCGAAGAUUUCCGUGUGUGGGACGACAAUGAAGCUAUACCUCAUCGUCAGUUGAGUGCCCAAGUUGUGUCCGUACCUCCAGAAAAUAGUAGAGAAAUUGGCCAAUCCGUUUCAAGUUUCCCCAUCUUCCAUGACAAUGAAAAUAUUCCCCCACCUCCAUGUAAUACACGAAGCACCAUUUUGUCCGACAAACCAAAAGUCCACUCUUCUUCACUCAGCGAGUUUCAAAAUAUCGAUGCUGAAAAUAUCCCCCCACCUCCUUGUGGCACUCGGGGUGACACCUUACGAAAUAGCAAAAGAGUUUUAAAUCCACCAAGUUUGAUUCCAAAUAUCGACGCUGAAAAUAUCCCCCCACCUCCUGAUACCCGAGGUACCACUUUACCUAAUCGUGCAAGAAACAUUUCAGCAUCUAGGAUGAUUGUAAGUACAGAUGUUGGAGCUAGUGAAGACUUCCCACCACAAGAAAAUUGCCGCCUUUCCAGUGUUUCUAAGAAUAUUCCCCAAGCUACCGAGAAUAUUGAAAGUUUUCAAGCCGUUCCUUCAACUUGUAUCCCUGGAAGAGAAAGUAUACCCGUACCUGAAACCACCGUUGAUCCCGGACCACGUUCAAGAGAAUCGUUUCAUGCCGAAGAGAGUAAAAAGUCAGAGCGGAGGAUUCUUCAAACCAUCACCCCAAAAUUACCACGUUAUAAGCUAGAUCUCGCAGGUCCAUCGCCAACGUUGACAACGAAGGAGGCAUUCGCUGACGUGAUGCCGUGGUUUAACACGACUGUUGGCCGAAGUAACAGCGAUGAUGAACUCGAGAAUGAUUUUAAAAAUGACGAAAAUGAUGAUGAAGAUAACGUGGGAUGGUGCGGUAUACCAUUUGGUGAAGGUUAUGAAAAAAAGGAGAAUACAGAUGGUCAGGCGAAGGAAAUUAGCAUUUACUGCGAUGAAGACCAAGAAAAUGUGCCUCUAUUUGGUUACAGUCAAACAAAACUCGAGAGACCAAUUCUUGGGAUAUUGCAACCGUCGGAGGGUAUUCCUUUUGUACCUCUGGAAGAUUUGGAAGAAAUUGACGCAGAAGAUGAACGAUUAGACGAAGUUUGUUCCGAUCGAAAUCCCGUUUCACUCACGAGAGAAGAAACCAAGUUUGCAGAGGAUGAGACAACACGCCAUAACUGGGAGAAUCAUUCACAAUUCACAGCUGCUGCUAGGUUAGCGUCCACCCCAUUCUCGAGUAAUCUCAGUCCUCCGAAGUUGGAGAACUUACAUUGUAGCAGGAUACAGGCAAAUGACGACGAAACAAACGUUUCAAAAGUCACGAAUCCGACUUCGAAUUCCCCCUAUAAUGCAAACAAUAGCAAAGGUCUGAGCCCAAUACUCGAAUGCAGCGAUGAAGAUGCUAAGACUGGUUCGUCGAAAGGAUCGUCAUCUUAUUUACCGGGUUUAUCCGCUCAAACGACGCAGCCAACGAUCGUUAGUCAAGCUAACACGAUGCUACAAGACGGGACAACUAAUUUAUCUGAGGGUCCGAAUAAGAAUAUGGAUAUAACAGUUCAUGAUAUGAAUGGAACCUUCCUGAAGAUAAUCAAUCCUUUUGAUCCAAGCUUGUGUAACGAGCUCUUAGCUCAGCUUCACAACCCUGUCACUUCUUUCCCUGGUUACCACGAUUUCAAAAAAAAUGUCUUACCGAAGUUUGCUAUGAACAAAGUUGUCUCCAUUGGUAGUGAACUUUUCAAGAUUGACAGCAUUGCUGGAACUGGUGCGUAUGCCAAAGUUUUUUCGGCAACUAAAGUUGACACUACCACUUCAAACACAGCAGAGGUUGCCUUGAAGGUACAGCGUCCGGCCAAUGAUUGGGAGUUCUAUAUAUGUUCGGAGAUCGUGAAAAGAAUGCGCAAUCGUGGUAAAUCUCAAUCAGAGAUUGCUUCUGUGAUGAACGCCACAGAUCACUAUUCCUUUGCCGAUGGCAGCUGCGCCGUCGCCAACCUUCACAAACGAGGAACAUUCUUGGAUUUCGUCAACGAAUGCAAGGUGCAACAAAGUAUAAACGAAAGAAUCGCGUUUUUCUGUGCCAUUGGAAUGAUGAGGAUCUUGGAAAACAUUCACGACUGUGGCAUUAUUCAUGGUGAUUUCAAACCAGAUAAUUUCGUUGUUCUCGAAGACAAUGUUGGCAGCGAUGAAGAAUUAUGCCGACUUGGAUUGAUCGAUUUUGGAUGCGCCAUUGAUCUGAAGCUAUUCCCCCCGGGUACGCGUUUCAGUGUUGACAAAAAUACCGAGUCAUUCGAAUGCAUUGAAAUGAGAACUCAAAGACCUUGGACAACUCAGGUGGACACUUAUGGCAUGCUAUGCAGUUUACAUUGUCUGAUAUUUGGUGAUUACAUGAAGGUUUACCAAGAAAAGAGGACUGGUCGUUGGAAGAUUACGAAAUCCUUUAACAGGACCUGGAACAGAGUUUUGUGGAACAAGCUGUUCGAUAUGUUUUUAAAUAUUCCAAGUUGCGAUGACCUGCCAUCGCUUGCCGCUAUCCGCCAGGAAUUUCAAGAAUAUUUCGAAUCUGAAGAAGACGACGACUUGGAACAAACAUGUGAUGUACAAAAGAGAUAUAUGAAUGAUCUGUGAAGGUAUACUUGACUUGACUUUCAGACAUUUCCAUUCAAGUUGUGUUAGCUGACGAUGCAACAUCGCAUGUCCUUGUAAAUUUAUAUUCGGUUUUUUAUACACAUGUAUAUACGUGUGUAGUACGAGGUAAUAAUUUUCUCUCGGACCGUCUUUCGGACAUAAUUUUCUUUUGAAUUAUGGGGUAAUAUAUUGACUAUUUGUAUAUUUGUUUAAUGCCAAGCGAUGAUGAUGAUACAUCGCUGACUGGUGAUACAUGAACACCAUGCAAACGCUGAUAUUACAGUAUAUGGGCUUUGAUAUUUGUCAUUGAUAGUAUUAACUUCAUUAUCACCAGUUCACUGCUUCGACUUCGGAAUGGCUAAUCAAAAUUGUUAAACUGAAUACAAAACUUCUAUUAAAUUUCGGUUGAGGUUUCUAUAGGCUAUAGCCACGUUUACACUAAAGCCUAUGGCCAGGCCUGAGCCUAGGUGUAAACGUUAUUUUUUUGACCUGGUAUAUGCCACAAAAUCCAGGCCCACAAAAGGUGGCCUUGACCAGGUCUAGGUGUGAACGUCGUUAUCUGAGUCAAGUCUGGUUUAGGCCAAAAAUGAGGCCCACAGAGGAAGGUUGCCUGGACCAAGUUCAGAGCUGAUCCAGAGCAUGUUUUUUUCUAAUAUGAAUGGAUUUUGUCUGGUCCUGACCAGUUUUUAACUUAAUAGUAUAAUCUGCAGAUCAUUAGGAUGUGACAAAUUAGCACCAUGUGAACAGACCUGGAACUUUUCAUGUGCCGUAUCGAAUGCAAAUGAACUUAAACAAAGAUUUUAGCUCAUUAACAUUAGGUUCGGCACAUGAAAAGUUGCGCGUCUGAAACAGGCCUUAAUCUUGUACGGCAGCUGAAGUCACAGGAUUUACUCCGACCACGAAUUUUUCAGCCUUUAUGACUUCUGUUUGCUUGCUUUCUCUCCUGUGGUUGCGUCUGCUAACUCCAUAAAAUUAACCAGUUUAGAAAAUUCAGCGUGAAGUCGACAAAAGCACUUCAUCCUGACAAGUCCGAAAAUUCGGGACACGUUGUCGAAAAAUUCUGGACAUGUUUUCGGCAAUCGAACGGCGAAAAAAUUCAGUCAUCACAAAAAAAUAUACUUGAUAUAUGAACCUCGCAGAAUAAUAUAUAUAUAAUUUCUAUAAUAAAUGCAGAUACCAUAAUACAGAAAACGGGGUAACUGCAGAACCUGAACUUAGUACAGAAUGUUGCUGAAAUAAUUUGUGUUAAUUGUGAAUACUUAAAUAUUUUAAGUAUAGACAAUUCGUAAGAUAAACAGAAAAGAGAUCAUAUAACACUUGUCAUUGUGCGACACAUGAGGGGCUAUUUGCUAUGUAUUUAACCAGCACCCUGUUUCAAGUCUCUUUAGACAGUUUACAGCGGCUUCUGUACAUCUAUUCUGCGCAUAACAUUGGGGGACUCCAUGAUUUAUAAAUUACCCAAAUUUCGUAUGUUAUAACAAUAGAGUUGAUGUUCGCAGGCAUAAAUGUGU